AUGGAUGCAAAUGGUGAUUCUGGUGUCAAGCGCAAGCGCAGUACUGUCGCCGGUGCUGCUGAGCGACCUUCAAAACAUCUUAAGCCCGAAGGCUCAGUUCUGACUCCAGGCGACUCAACACCGGCCAAUGGAACCGUCUAUGACGUCGAAGAAGAAUCGGAUUCGGGACACAUGCUCGCCGUUGGACCUGCUCAAGCAGACUCGCCAGAGUGGCAGGCUACAAUUGAGACAGUCGUGAAGAGUGUGGUAUCAAUCCACUUUUGUCAGACUUGCUCCUUCGACACAGACCUUUCCAUGAGCAGCCAAGCUACUGGUUUCGUUGUGGAUGCAGAGCGAGGAUACAUUUUGACCAAUCGGCACGUGGUGUGCGCUGGUCCAUUCUGGGGAUAUGUUAUUUUUGACAACCAUGAAGAGUGUGACGUCCGCCCUGUGUAUCGGGAUCCUGUCCAUGAUUUUGGUAUUCUGAAGUUUGACCCAAAGGCCAUCCGGUAUAUGAAGCUCACUGAGCUCAAGCUCCAGCCCAAUGCAGCUCAAGUCGGUACAGAAAUUCGGGUAGUUGGUAAUGAUGCUGGUGAAAAGCUCAGUAUUCUCUCGGGUGUGAUCAGUCGAUUGGAUCGCAAUGCACCCGAGUACGGCGAGGGAUACAGUGAUUUUAACACCAACUACAUUCAGGCUGCUGCAGCUGCCAGCGGUGGUAGUUCCGGUAGUCCCGUCGUCAACCUCGACGGCAAUGCUGUAGCUUUACAAGCUGGAGGCCGAGCAGAUGGCGCUGCCACCGAUUAUUUCCUACCUCUGGAUCGCCCGCUUCGCGCAUUGGAAUGUAUCCGACAGGGCAAGCCCGUCACUCGAGGCACUAUCCAAACACAGUGGAUUCUCAAGCCUUUUGAUGAAUGUCGUCGUCUUGGACUUACCCCAGAGUGGGAGGCCGCAGUGCGCAAGGCUGCCCCUGCAGAGACUAAUAUGCUUGCGGCUGAGAUCAUCUUACCUGAAGGCCCCGGUGAUGGGAAAUUGCAGGAAGGUGAUGUGCUGUUAAAGGUGAAUGGCGAGCUUCUUACACAAUUUGUUCGUCUUGAUGAUAUCCUAGAUUCUAGUGUGGGGGGAACAGUUCAGCUGUUGGUUCAAAGAGGAGGCAAAGAUCUUGAGGUCGAGUGUCAAGUUGGUGAUCUACACGCCAUCACCCCGGAUCGGUUUGUAACCGUUGCCGGUGGUACUUUCCAUAACCUAUCAUACCAGCAAGCCCGGCUUUACGCCAUCCCCACUCGUGGAGUAUACGUGUGCGAAGCUGCUGGCUCUUUCAAACUGGAGAACACCCUGUCUGGGUGGAUCAUCGACUCGGUUGACAAGCGACAAACUCGAAACCUAGAUGAGUUUGUAGGGGUGAUGAGAACCAUUCCCGAUCGCUCUCGCGUGGUCAUCUCUUAUCGCCACAUUCGAGAUCUUCAUACCAAGGGUACCAGCAUUGUCUAUAUCGACCGUCAUUGGCACCCGACAAUGCGUCUCGCAGUUCGUAAUGAUGAAACUGGACUCUGGGAUUUCUCCGAUCUUGCCGAUGCCAUUCCUGCAGAGGCCCCCGUGGCGCGCAAAGCAGACUUCAUUCAGCUGGAUGGCGUGAGCCAACCUGCAGCAGCCGAGAUUGUGCGUAGCUUUGUGCGUGUUUCCUGCACAAUGCCUUUGAAGCUCGAUGGGUAUCCGCAAGCCAAGAAGACUGGUUUCGGUUUGGUGAUAGAUGCUGAAAAGGGCCUGGUGGUUGUCUCCCGCGCUAUUGUGCCCUAUGAUCUUUGCGAUAUUACCAUCACCGUUGCGGACUCGGUCAUUGUUAUCGCUAAGGUUGUUUUCCUGCACCCGCUCCAAAAUUACACCAUCAUCCAAUACGACCCCAGUCUAGUGCAGGCACCUGUUCAGAGCGCCCGACUCAGCACCGAUUUCAUCAAGCAAGGACAAGAUACCAUCUUUGUCGGUUUCAACCAGAAUUUCCGCAUCGUGGUUGCCAAGACUGCUGUCACCGAUAUCACUACAGUUUCUAUUCCAGCCAACGCAUCUGCACCUCGGUAUCGAGCCAUUAACUUGGACGCCAUCACAGUGGACACCGGUUUAAGUGGCCAGUGCACCAACGGCGUUUUGAUCGGCGAGGACGGCGUGGUACAGGCUCUGUGGCUCAAUUAUCUUGGCGAGCGGACCCCCAGUUCUCAUAAGGAUGUUGAAUACCAUUUAGGAUUUGCCACACCUUCGCUUCUCCCUGUCACCUCAAAGGUUCUGCAGGGUUUUACUCCCCAGCUACGCAUUCUGAACAUGGAGAGCUAUGUUGUUCAGAUGAGCCAGGCCCGCAUCAUGGGUGUGUCCGAGGAGUGGAUUCAGAAAGUCGCUCAGGCCAAUCCUUCGCGCCACCAGCUCUUCAUGGUGCGUAAGGUUGACUGUCCAACAGCGGGAUUGACAACCGACACGGACAGUUUCCAAGAGGCGGAUAUUAUUCUCACUCUGGAUGGCCAACUUAUUACCCGGGUUUCCGAGCUGGAUGUGAUGUACGAAAAAGAAAUUCUCGAGGCCCUCAUCGUCCGAAACGGUGAGGAGAUGCGUAUUCGAGUUCCCACUGUGCCAACAGAAGAUUUGGAAACAGACCGUGCUGUUGUUUUCUGCGGUGCUGUUCUUCAGAGGCCUCAUCAUGCUGUGAGACAGCAAAUCUCCAAACUCCACAGCGAAGUUUAUGUUAGCGCGAGGAGUCGUGGCUCUCCUGCUUACCACUAUGGUCUUUCGCCAACCAACUUUAUCACUGCCGUCAAUGACACUCCGACCCCCAACCUUGAUCUCUUUGUCAAUGAAGUGCGCAAGAUCCCAGAUAAUACAUACUUCCGCCUGCGUGCUGUGACUUUCGACAAUGUCCCUUGGGUUGUCACAAUGAAGAAGAACGAUCACUACUUCCCCAUGUCUGAGUAUCUCAAGGAUCCCUCCGUAGCGGCCGGCUGGCGCACAAUCUCCCACGAUAAGACCGAUGAAAAGCUGGGUGUUGCACCUGAUGCAGCGAAUUUGAAUCCAGAUGCGAUGGAUGAGGGUCUGGAAGGUGGGGCCAGCGACAUGGAGCCUGAUAUGGAAUAA